UCGAGUGGCAAAUCGACUAAGUUAUUAUAAAAACAACCAGUUUUGUGCAAGAAGUAAUGUGAACUUGUAGUCUCCUAACUAAAAAGAAAAGCACCGUUAAACUAUUUCUAAAGAAUAUUCUUUAUUUAUUUUCUUUAGGUAGAAAGAACUUGGUCGUAAUUUUCGUUUUUGUUUUGUUAUAAGAAAUGGCAGGUGUAGAAAACCUAAGCGACAGAGAUCGCGCAGUGUUGAGGAGCAUCUUCGAUCCUACUGCAACUAUCGGGGAGGUAGUUGAUGAUGGCGACAAUUUUGUUGAUGAUGAUCAAGAUUCCACAGAAACUGAGCAACAAAGCAAAGCGCUCUGUGUUCAAGGCGUGCAGCUAGCUGAGGCGGGGAAGUUCGAGGAGGCUUUGACGCUGCUGAAUAAGGGCAUAGAGGUAGCCCCCGAACGACCUGCGGGGUACAAUGACAGGGCUCAGCUGUAUAGAUUGGUGAAGAAGGAUCAAGAUGCAAUUAAGGAUUUGGACCAUGUCUUGCAACUGACAGAAGGUAAAGCGAACCGCGCUCGAGCUCUCGCGCUGUGUCAACGGGGCGUGCUCUUGCGCAAGCGCGGCUCGGACGACGAAGCACGCAGCGCUUUUGCCGAGGCUGCUAAACUUGGCAGCGGGUUUGCGAAAAAACAGGUCGUAGAACUAAAUCCGUAUGCCGCACUUUGCAAUCAAAUGCUAAGCCAAGUCAUGAAAGGAGAAAAGGACAUCAAACUGUAGAACGAUAUCAAAAUAAAACACAGAUAUCUAAUGGAUUAGAAAUUUAUAUUAUUGAGUACAAUCCACGAUCACAUUCGAGAAAAACCACAUUCUUUCUAAAACCCGGCGAACUCUUGAGUCGCCAGAUUUUACCACGAAAUCCUUGAAAAUGACAGACUUUACACUUCGAAAAUGGCAAAUGUAGACUAUAAAUCGAAAUUCUGUCACUACACUAUUAAUAUUUAAUAAUAAUUAUAGGUAUAUGCAAUAAAAUCUUGAAAAAGGAUUGCGCGCGAAAACUUCCACAAAGAUUUUUCUACAAAAAGCAUUCGCGCACAAACCCUCACUUUGUUAUAAUUCAAAACUUGAUAAGAAUUAUUUUAAUGUAUUAAAAUCUAGUGAGAGGCGACGAGACGGUAGGUAAAACAAAACGCAGUUAAAAAGUGCGCUUACAAAGAUAAUAAAUUUUUAUUUUUGUAGAAAAGUUUCGCAUAAAUGGCACAACUUAAUAAACUUUAAUAAAAUUCAUCAAAAUUCAAUAUUUAACACGUUCACAGACCAAAAUAAUCUAUUUCCCGGGCCAGUAAAAAUAAUAAUAGGGAUUAACCCAGAUAGGGCCAACUAGUCAAGCUCGGCUAGUGGGUUAGACUAAGGCUCUAAUCUGUAGAGCAAAUGUGCAAGACUGUUCAGACUUGACACUGUUAAAACGAGACAGAGUUAUACGGCUAGCAUAAAUCUGUCUCGUUUUAACUGAAACUUACGUCUAAACAAUGUCAAUGCCUGAGUGUAUUUUUUUUCUAUGGCCAAAAUGUGUUCUAAUUUCUAUCGAGUCAUAGAAAAUCGUUUUCUGAUUAACUUCAGGACAAAGAACGUGUUCAAAUCUAUAUAACUGUCGAUAACAAGUCGUCAUAAUAUCAUUGACGGUGUAUUGCACGACUUAACUUAUACAACUAGAUUGGGAUUAUACAAAAUUCUUAUUUUAUUAAAGAACCCUUUGGCACAAGUUAUCUUUGACAGUUAUUAACUGUGGGGCAAAAAUUAUCUACAGAUUAAAAAUAAAAAUAGAUAUGAAAAUGGCGCGAAACUUUUCCACGUGCUGGGGUGAAAGGAUGAUCAUAUCACAGAGAUAGUUAUAAUAAUGUGAGUAGGUACAUUAGUUUAAUAAGCAUUACAUAUUAUCAUAGGAUCGAUAUAAUAUAAACUAUUAGAAUUCACUAUAGUUACUGUAAAGUAGGAAAUCAUGUUUGCAUGAAUUCCAUAUUU